AUGGGUAGGUCGCAUGCGCUACUCUACCAGUACAUGCUUACUUGCUACUACAGUACCUACUAUCCUGCUGCCUGUUACCGGCUGCCUGCUGCGUACUACAGCAAAUCUUGGAUGUUUUUGCGUAAAAAGCCUUCCUUGCCUGGCAUGGUGGCCGAAGGUUCCCGCUUUCCUCCAGAGUCUAGACGCAUCUCACCACCUGGUCCCUCACUACCCGUUCCCGGCAUGUUGGAAAUGCAACAAGGUGUACUUGCGCGUGGAGAGGCUGCCGAUGCUGCUGCUGGGGGGCCCGUGUCCCUCUCUGCCGAGAUCAACAUGGCGACGCGAUCGCUCCACACCGCCCUCAACCGCCUCAUUACAAGCCGCCUGCCGCUCGCACUCCCUCCACACGCUCACGACGCCUCGCUCUACACGACCGGCCUCGUCCACUUUGCCCACAUCUUCCUCACCUUUGAGUCAUUAUGGGCCGAUCUACUACGAGAUCAUGUCGCAUCCAUGCCCCAAGCCGCCUCCUGGCCCACCAACGAUGAGGGCGGCACCACAUCCCCGCCCUUCUCUCCCCUCCUCUCCUAUCUCCUUGUAAACCCGUACGACUCUCCCUCGCUCUUCACUUCCACACUCGGUGCACCAACCCCACCUUCCCCACAAAUUGCUGCCUUCUUGCAAUCACUGCGCCCACACGGUCUUUUACGCUCAUCACGGCUCAAACGAGAUCUGGAGCAUCUGCUCGACCUGCACCCCACCGACCUGGAAGUCUUACUGGCCAAAUAUCCCGGAAUUAAGGUCGCGGAAUUUUGUACACAUAUUCGUAAGAGCGUCAACCAGAAGCCCUGGACGCUGGUGAGCUAUGCAUGGUGUUUCUACAUGGCUGUCUUCUCUGGCGGACGCUGGAUAAGAGGUACCUUGCUGCGCGCUCCGGACGACUACUGGCCGACUCGCCAUGACGAUAUGAGCUUAGCCGAUCGGGGAUUAUCCUUCUGGCACUUUCCCGGCGACCUCGAUGGCGAGGAUAUCAAAGCCGAAUUCAAGGCACGGCUGGCAGAUGCGGAAGCCCUCUUCUCGCCAGAUGAACGAAUCGACAUCAUCGAAGAGGCCAAGGACGUCUUCAGGUUUUGUGCGACGCUGGUCGACGAGCUCGAUGCCAUGGUCGCCGCACAAUCUCCGGAUACCGAAGCAACGUCAGCAGGGCAAGUAGAGGAGCACCUUGAAACAGAAAAAUCUGCGCUUCUGGCCCUCGCGCUUGCGCAAGGUGUGUCGGAGAAAUCUGUGACCAAGUCAAAAGACCUACUCACAAGCUUUGUCCAAAGGCCAGAGGUCACGGGGACGCUGGCUGCCGUGGCGUGUCUGGCCUGUGUUGCGUUUUUCAAGUUUUUCUAA